CUGCUGAGCCUGGAAAGGAAAUGUCAGAGAAGGCUUCCUGGAGGAGGGGCUUUCUGAGUAGGGUUUUGAGGAAUGGUUAGGAGUUCCCCAGCUGAAGAAGAGUAACUGCAAAAACACCCAGUUUAUCAAGCACCUGCUAUGUGCCUGGUUCUGUCCUUUACACCUCAUUUGACCUUCUCUCCAGUGAAAGUCUCAAUCCUUCCUUAUUUUCCAGAUGAAGAAAUAGAGGUGUGAUGGAGAGGAAUGAUUUGCCUCAGGUUGCACUAUCUGGCUCUUUCUGGCCCUUUUUUUCCUCUGCUUCCUUUGUUUUUCACUAUCUUCAGCCUUUGACCCUAAGCAAAGAGGGGAGAGUGGGAAUCUCAUCAGGGAAGAAAGCCACCUCACCUCUUAAGCUCCUGCUGUGGAGUUUAGCACAUAGUAAUAAAUCUUUUUUGAGAAAAUUAUUCUUCCCUCCAGUCCACCAAGCUGGGAUGAUGUCCCCACUUCACAGAAGAAGAUACUGAGGCUCGGAGAGGCUCCUGAAGGGGGUUCCCCAGCAUAUCUAGGAGCACCCCCCCUCACCCAUCAAAAAGCACUGCCCCCUGAAAAGCAGCCGAAGACCCCGCCCAGUUGUGGUCCCUGGAGUGUUUACUCUGCACCCACGGUGGGCGGGACCAGGCAGGCGGGGGCGGACAAAGUCCGGGGACUAUAAAGGCUAGUCCAGCAGCGUCCGGUCAGUCACAGCUUAGAGCUUAACUAACACAGUCAUGCCAGGGCAGCGACCGACACCACCACACCGCUCUCCGAUGCUGCUGAUGCUGCUGAUGUUCUCCUGGCUGCCGUCGGGAGGCGCCCUAUCUCUGGCCCAGGAGCACCUCUCCGCUUUCCCGGGACCCUCAAACGUGCACUCCAGUCCUGAUGUCUCCAGAUUCCGGGAGUUGCGGAAACGCUACGAAGAUUUGCUGACCCGGCUUCGAGCGAACCAGACCCGGGAAGACUCGAACCCGGACCUCAUUCCCCCUGAAGUCCGGAUAGUCACUCCAAAGCUGCGACUUGGGCCAGGUGGCCACCUGCACCUGCGCAUCCCCCGGGUCGGCUUAACUGAGGGGCUCCCUGCAGCCUCCCGCCUGCAUAGGGCCCUUCUCCGGCUGUCCCCGAAGGCGCGGAGCUCGUGGGAUGUGACGCGGCCACUACAGCGUCAGCUCAGCCUCGGAAGCUCCCGGGCUCCCGCAAUACGCCUGCGACCGUUGCGGCGAACGGACCAGUUGCUGGAGGCGUUGUCUUCUGCACAGCCCCAGCUUGAGCUGCACUGGCGGACAAGCGCCACCAGGGGGCGACGCCACGCGCAUGCUCGCACCCGGGACGGUUGCCCGCUCGGGGAGGGGCGCUGCUGUCGCCUGCAGAGCCUGCGCGCGUCGCUUGAGGACCUGGGCUGGGCUGACUGGGUGCUGGCGCCACGCGAGCUGGACGUGCGCAUGUGCAUCGGCGCGUGCCCGAGCCACUUCCGAUCGGCUAACACGCACGCGCAGAUGCAAGCGCGCCUGCAUGGCCUGAACCCUGAUGCUGCGCCUGCCCCAUGCUGCGUGCCAGCCAGCUACGAUCCGGUGGUGCUCAUGCACCAAGACAGCGACGGCCGCGUGUCACUCACGCCCUUCGACGACCUCGUGGCCAAGGACUGCCACUGCGUGUGAGCGGCCCUGGUCCUUCACUUAUGGCACAAAUGCAAUGGAAAUGACUUCAGUUGUCCUUGUCUGUCUAAUGGGCUCGUGGAACCUGAAAUACCCGAUUCCUAACCAUUGCUGUCUGCUCCCUCCUGGCCCAAACCUAUGUAUUUAUGUAUGUAUUUAUUAUUAAUUUAUUGGGGUGAUCUGCCUGGGUACUGGAGGGCUGGGGAGGGGUGGUCUGACAGGGUGUUGUUUAUGGAAAACUCUGGUAAUAAAAAUGAAGCUGUCUGACCUGA